UAUUCCAAGGUAACAGUCUGACAGUCAGCAUUGCUGCCUUACUCCUCUUUCUUACCUGAACUUUUCAGCUUGGCUCUCUGUUGCUGUGUGUCACCCUGCCAUUCUGGCAGCUCACUGCACCAGCCUGGCUUCCCACCUUUGUGGCCAAGGCUUCCAGCCAUCCUACUUUGGUCAAAGCUCUUGGCCAUUCCUGAUCCAGAUCUUUUUUGUUUGUUUAUUUGUUUUUUUAAGGAAGGGCCCUGGUGACCUCUCCUUCAUUUUGUGAGACCAGUGAUGCUGCAGUGAGUGUGUGUGUAAACAAAGUUUCCAUUUGGGGGACUUGCAGGAGAGUUCCUCAGAACUUAAUCAUUCAUUACAACAGAAGCAUAAGAUUUCUAAAACAUUAAAAAAUCUUAAAUGUACUAAAAAUCAGGAGUGUGUGAGUCAAUGGGGAACAAAGUAUGUUGACCACAAAACUGAAGAAGCAGAGGCAGGAACUACAGAGAACAUCAAGGUUGGAAUCUGUAUUGUUCCAAGACUGAGAGGCCUAUAUCUGGCCAGUGGCUCCUAUGCCAACCUCUGAUAUCUGGGAACUGGUGUCAGCAGAGGCUAAGCUACAUCCUUUCUUUGAACAGAUGGUGAAGGGGAACCACAUGCAUCCUUUGAAGCAGUUGUACCCUCAUGAGCCAUCAGUGUAUUCCAGUUCCUGGACUCUGGAGAUGCUGUUACAGAGAUGGAGGACCAUGAAAAGCAAGCAGGAAGACAAGUUUGCCAACAUCCUAGAUGCACUGGGAGAGUUUGGCACAUUCCAGCGGCGGCUGAUAGCCCUCACCUUCAUCCCCAACAUACUGUCAGCCUUCUUCAUGUUUGCUGACCACUUCAUGUUCACAGCCCAGGAGCCCUAUUGCAACACCAGCUGGAUCCUGGCUGUGGGCCCCAACCUGUCAGAAGCUGAGCAGCUGAAUCUGACCCUACCCCACGAGUCCAACAGCAGCUACCUGACGUGCCUAAUGUACUCACCUGUGAGCUGGGAUCUGGAUUCCAUCAUCCAAUUUGGCCUCAACAACACAGAGGUGUGCCAGAAUGGGUGGAUCUAUCCUGAGUCCAAGAAGCGGUCGCUGAUCAAUGAGUUUGACCUGGUGUGUGGCAAGGAACCCAACAAGGAGAUCGUGCAGACGGUGUUCAUGGCGGGGCUGCUGACUGGGUCUGUCCUCUUCGGGUAUAUAUGUGACAAGCUGGGCCGCCACCCCGCCAUCCUGCUGUCGCUGCUGGGGCUCUUGGUUUUCGGCUUCGGGACAGCGUUCGUGAACAGCUUCCACUUGUAUCUGUUCUUCCGCUUUGGCGUCUCCCAGGCUGUGGUGGGCUACGCCAUCAGCAGCGUCUCUCUGGCCACUGAGUGGUUAGUGGGAGAGCACCAGGCCCAUGCCAUCAUCCUGGCCCACUGCUAUUUCGCUGUGGGACUCCUGUUCCUGACGGGGCUUGCCUACAGCCUCCCCCACUGGCGGCUGCUGUUGCUGGUGGGUGGAGCUCCUGUGUUCCCCCUCAUCUCCUAUAUCUGGAUUCUCCCGGAGUCCCCGCGGUGGCUGGUGAUGAAAGGGAAGUUGAAGGAGGCCAAGCAGCUGCUGUGCUAUGCAGCAGCAGUGAACAAGAAGACCAUUCCUGUAAAUGUGCUGGACAAGCUGCAGCUGCCUGGAAAGAAGGUGACUAAGGUCUCUAUCCUGGACUUUUAUAACAAUAGGCACCUCCGCAAGGUGACCUUGGUGAUGGCCUGUGUGUGGUUUACCGUCAGUUAUAGCUAUUUUAUGCUGAGCCUCAAGAUGAGAGAUUUUGGCAUGGACAUAUACUUGAGAAAGAUGGUUCCCGGCAUCAUGGAGGUGCCUGCCCGGCUGUGCUCCAUCUUUCUCCUAGAGCAGAUCGGGAGGAAGUGGAGCCUGACCGUGACACUCCUCCAGGGCGUCCUCAUGUAUCUGCUUAUCAUUCUCCUCCCCCAAGGGGACAGGGGCCCACGACUCAGUUGGCCAUAUUGACUGGCUACAGGGAUGAAAUCUAUGAUGAUCAUGGUGGUCAUGCUUGGAGAGUUCAGCCUGUCUGCCUCUGUCACCGUGUUCUUCCUCUACACUGCAGAGCUCUGCCCCACUGUCCUCAGGGCGACAGGCCUGGGGCUCAUGUCUCUGGCCUCAGCAACUGGAGCCAUCUCAGCCCUGACGAUCUUGCUCAUCAGCCAGAGCCCCUCCAUCCUCCCUGUCUGUCUCUGCUGCAUCUUAGCCAUCCUGGCCCUGUUCUUCUGCUCCCAGCUGCCGGAGACACAGAAUCAGCCCCUCUUUGACACCAUGGAGCAGUUGUGUUCGCAGAUAAGUUUCCAGAGAAGUAUGUCCCAGGACUUGUACUCCCAGACCCGCUCCCAGAGCCUGGCCCCUGAGGACACAAUAUACGAGGAUGUGUCUGAGGAUGCAUUAGAGAACACGAUUCUAAAUGCCAAGGUUCAGAGACCAGACUCGGACAUUCUCCCCACCAUGCUGUUGCAGUCCAGAGCACCGGAAGCAGACAGACAGGUUCUCUGAGGGCCGGGCCCCCUGGGCAGUCUCGGGUUGGAGUUGAGUGGCUGGGGCCAUGGAUUCUAGGCCGUGGAUUCCAGGCCCUGUCCAGCUUCGAGGGCAGGGCCAGUCCUGCCCCAGGGCCAGCCCUCAAGAUGUAAAAUCGGCCCCUUCUGGGGGAGCUAGGGUGGGACUCAUUGCAAUAAAGGUGCCAUGUUGGUCUUGAGAUGACUCUGCCUAGGUCAGAAUUGGCUGUGCCAGAGAACCCAGUGAUCCUGGCCUGGAGGUGGGGGGCGGUCACAGAGCCUGCCUGGGCUCCAUGUGUCUUUGGCUGACCCCUUGGGGACACUGAGGCGCUCCCCGGGUGGAUUGGGGGGAGAGGUGGAUGUCUGCAAUUGCCAAGAGUAAAGUAGGGCAGGCUGUGCCCCCAGCCCUCUGGCUGAGGCAUCUGCUUUGUGGGUGGGCUCCCAGCUCAAGCACAGGCUGGAGACAGAUUUCCGACCCCUCUUUUAUACCCUGGUCAAGGCAGGGGUGGGGUAUAAAGGAAUAAUGAGAACUCCCCUUUGUACCAUUGCACAGGGCUUUCUCACUCAUUUUUUCCUUUGAUGCUCCCAAGUAAGCAUGGCCUUGUACCAUCCCAGCCCUCAUUCUUGGGGAUGCCUUCCCUGAUGGCUUCCAGCCUAGCUGACCUCUGACCUCCAUCACCCUGAGAACCAGCCCCCAGACUCCACCUCACAGUCCCUGGCUGCCUGGAGGGAGAGUCUGCCCUUCCCAGCCAGCUUGGGGGCUCCCUCAGACAGGCCCAGGGCUCCUAAUAGUUUAGCCAGCCUAGGAAGCCCUUGCAGACAGGCCCUAGACACCACCUCCUCCCUUCCCGGGAAGGGAGUUCCCGAGGGCAGGGCCUGGGUUUCCUCUUCUGUGAUCUCCCAGUUUAUAGCAAGAUCAUGGACUUGUAGGGGAGUGAGCUUCUGAGAGAAUGAGGACACGAAAGGGUGGUCAGUUCUCGGGAGCAAGGGCUGCAAGGUCCUGGGUCUCCUGGGGCAGGUUGAAGUGGAGCAUGGUGUCCAGCAUCAUAGGCACUCCAGAGCCUAGCCCACCACUUCUGGUGUGUCCUCCCAAGCUUUGUGGCUGCAAGAAGCCAGUGCCCCCACACCAUCCCCAUUCAGAUUUGUUUUCAUGUCCCUUGGUUCUUUACCGAGUUUCUCAGGAAUGCCUCCGAAGUUGGGCUUGCAGCAUCCAGAGAGGGUCUCACGAAGUACUAGCUCACACAACAAUGGGGUGCUUUAAAGGCCUCCACUGCUCACUGCUCUUUCUGGGGGAGGCGUCUGUGUACUGUGAUGGCCAACAUAUUAGCCGCGUUUAAGCACCAUCUCAAAUUACCUUGCCAGAAGAAUUCAGCCAAUGCUGCGGGGAGCAGGAAGAGAUGGGUCAGGACAGAAGAUCGGUGGGACAGUGUGGCCAUGCAAGUGUCACCAACCCUCUUUGGGUUGGACCCCCAAAACAGGUUUCCUCUCCCGUGUCGCUCAUACUGAUAAAAUGAAACCAGAUUCGGAAAUGCAGAGCAGACUGUUAUUCUUUGGCAAAGAAUGGAGAAAGGUAGACUCAUGUCCUAAAGGCAUCUUCUCCCCGAAGGGAGAUUUACCUUGUUCAUUUAUAGGGGGUCUGGGGAUAUGUGCUCAGGUAGUUGGUGCAAGUGGGCAAGGGGAUUUCCAAAGAACUCUGGGGGAUUUCCAAAGAAUUGGUUUUGAGCAUGCGCAGUCCCUGGUCAUGCUAGAACAUACUUCUACAUACAUGGCAUGUUCAGACAAUGGCUCUAAAUCCCACCCAGAGGUGGAGAAUUUACUAUUAUA